ACUGGUUUUUGCUGUCAUAUAUGAUAUGAUAUUCCAUUCAUAUAAAGAUGAUAUAUAGAAUAGAGGUUCACUAUUAAACCAGGAGCUGUCACAUUCUCUUCUCUUGAACUGACAAUAACCUUUGUAUCCGGGAACCAUGACAAAGAACUAUGGCUUCCUCAUCUGCAUACUUGUGAUGGUCAUGGAUAUUAUAGCUGGCAUACUUGGAAUUCAAGCAGAAAUAGCGCAGAAUAAGGAAGAGCACAUGAAGGUGGGGGUAUUUGAAUGUAGAGUUCCAAGCUAUCAAGCCUUCAAGUUAGGAUUAGCAGCCACAGUUCUGUUGGCCCUGGCUCAUGUAAUUGCUAACUUGCUUGGUGGCUGCAUUUGUGUGUGGAGCAGAGAUCAAUACACAAAAGCCACUGCCAACAGACAAUUAGCCGUGGCUUUUCUAAUUUUCUCAUGGAUGAUAUUAGCAGUUGCAUUCUCGAUGCUGAUAAUAGGCACAUUAGCCAACUCAAGAUCAAAGCAAUCUUGCAAUAUAUUGAACCAUCGGCUGCUAUCCAUUGGAGGCGUUCUAUGCUUCAUCCAUGGAUUAUUCGUUGUUCCUUAUUACGUUUCUGCCACUGCCACAAGAAGGGAAGAAUCCAAGAGGCUAGAACAACCCCGGCCCAUCCCAGGACACACGUAAAUUAAUCAUAUAUACAACGUAACAUUCAAAUUGAUACAUAAAAAAUGUACGAUUAUUACUCCAACUUUUUUUUAUUCGUUUUCUCUAUACAUGUAGCAGAGUGAAAUUGUCAAGUUAACAUGACCCUUACGGGUUUCUAGGCUUUGAUGCAAAAAUCAUUAGAAAGAAAGUUGUAUUUGGUAAUUGUGAUGCUUCAAUAGAAAAAAGAAGCAUACAUCUCAGCAUGUACUAUUUCAUGAAUGGAAUUAUUGUGCACGCUUCACGUGUAACUCAAAUUCAGCCAUUUUCAAUUCUUUCCGGCUCUCCUCUAACAUAGCACUGAAUGUCAUCCGAAUCCACUCUUGGUACCUCCAUCUCAUCUUUUGCUUCAGCUGCGGCAUUCUUCAAUGGAUCAGAACCAGUGUUGGAGAUGAAGUUGUUGUUCAGAUGAAGAGUGUUGUUGAUGAUCGUCGUCGGAACUUGAAGUGGAAGAAGCGGAAGCCGGGUGGUCCAAGGGAGGGGGGCGUUUGGGCUUCGGCGCCAUUGCACUUCUGCUUAUUCAAAACAGAGUUAAGCCCUACUUUAGUCCUUGAGGUUCGCUAGUUGCUAUUGCUUAUCCCAACCUUAUUAGUGACGUGGCUUAAUUCUUGUCAUAUUAAGUCAUCCAUGUUUUAG